CUCUUCUAAUAAAUUACUAGAUCUGCCACCAUUUUCAUGGGUAACAUGACUAAAGAUGUAAUAUACUGUCCGAAAAUUCGUCUUUUCCGAUGGAACGAAAAGCUCGUCGACAAGAAAAACUUGCUCACAGAUUCCCGUGGUUUCUGCCUCUUUGAUGUCAUCAGCACCGCCGUUGCAAAAACCGACCACCCCGAUUUGGACAAAAUCGGAUUUAAACGGGCCUACAAUCGGAACUGCGACCGAGUCACAACUUUUGAGCUGGAUAGUUUUUUGUCUGCGGUGGAGGCGGCGGAUGACGAUGACGAUGACGAUCGUCGUCGUCAUCAGGACAGCUUGAUAGAGCUGGCGACAACAUUGGUCGCCGGAACAUCCCUUUUCACGGCGGAAACCGCCGCCGAACUGGGGAGGCAAAUAUCCACUCACUUCGCCAACGAUUAUCAUCAACUCGAAAACAAGGGAAAGUUGUUCGGGUCUUCAAUCGGCGGUGGGCCUAGAUUUGUGAUGGUGGUUCAAAUUCGGAUUCUCCGAUUGUUUGAGUACAUCGGGACAGAACCCCAAUCUCCCCCUCUUGAUGAAACUUUAACUGAUAAUCGCAACGGCGAUGAAGAAGGGGAAUCCUCGUCGGAUUCCGACAAAGUCGAUGAGUAUUUGGAGAAUUGGGGACCGGAUGAAGUCCGUUGGUACCAUUACAGUGAUGAAGCGGCGGCGUUUUGGCUUGGUCUGAGGAAUUAUCUGGGGGAACCGAAACAUGACGACAAUUUACUAACCAAACCAAUUACCAAGGAAGAACCCAGAGGAUUAUGGGAGAUUCCACCCACCUCUUUAGCUCUUCGUCAUCUUCGGACCGAUGAUUCCGAGGAACCAGAACCAGGAAAAGAAGGAGAUGAAGACGAUGAAGAUGAUGAAGAAGAAAUGAGUGAUAAAUUUAGUUGCUCCAUUUGUCUGAAUGGGUUCGAGGUUGAUUUUCUGGAUAACAUUGAGCGUACGGUUUGCGGCCAUGUUUUUCACCGAACAUGCAUUUGGAUUUGGUUGUACAGAGCCAAUUCUUGCCCCGUUUGUCGCCGAUCACUGCCCUUGUUGGCAUCAAAUGUUUACAUUUUCAAGAUUGAGACUUAA